AUGGAAGAGCAGAGACCCAGGAGACCCAUUCAAAGGGAGAGACUGGAGUGCAAAGGAAAGAAACCUCCUGCCGGCCAAGUUGGGAUCAUCAGGGAUCUUCUGCCUCGGGCAGAUUUAUGUCAAAUUAAGCACGAGGCAGAGGAGGGGCAGCCGCAGCAGCAGUCGGAGGCCCAGAAGCAGGAUUUCCUGAAGACGAUGCAGCCCCCUCGUCCAGGGUGGGAAACCCCACAGGCUCCCAGUUCUCCCCACUCCAGGGAUGGUGUCCUCUCUUUCAGGGGAGCUGCGAAUGCCAGUCGGUGGCCCAGUGGGAGAGCAGGGGGAGCAGACCAGACCCUGCUCCCAGACACUGAGGGGCUUCUGGGAAAGGUAAGUACCCUCCUCUCACCUGGGUUUCCAGCACCUGGAGGUCACAGGUCCACUGCCUCUCGACAUGGAGGUUCUGUCUAGCUAUUGUGGUGAAUAAUCCUCCUCCCUGCACUUUCUCUCUAAUCCACUUUAAAAAGGUUUGCUAGACCAAACUUUCUUAUACAUGGGAGGUUUGCAAUCAUAUCUCCUUCUGUUCUUACUUUACCUAAACAGCUGCAGGUGGCUCUGAAUUUCAUCAGAGCAUGAGCUGUGUGAGAAGAGGUGACCUUCCACCAACCCCCAUUUUCCUCCUCUAAAUUGCCUCCAUUUGCAAAAUGCUCUUUUCUCCCCACUGUGGAAAAAUCUUGGCACGUCUCGCAGCCUCAGAAAUCCAAUAAAUUCCUCAGAAAUCCCAUGUGUAGUCGCAUUAAAGAUGACUGGCCUACAUUGCAAGAUUGUUGCAAGAUUUAUUAGGAUAAUGGCCAGGUUCAGAUGACUAAAUCACAGCCUGAAAAGCUGCGUUAAAAAUAGGCACAGUUUUUAAUGCAUUGCUGCAGCAAAGUUACGCUGAAGCCUAAGUUGACCCAAGUUUAAAACAAAAAACUCUAGCCCCCACCACCACAGUCUCCUGGCCCCCACAACCAGAAUACAUCACUCCAGGGAGGACUCCCACCCAACCUUAAGUGAGAGAGGGCAAAAGAAAAGGACUCUAAAUGGGUAGUUGCACGAAUUUACGAGCUGUGGUCCUGCACUGACAGCAAGGCUUAACAAACAGGGGAGCUGGGAAUGUGCUUGUCCCAUCUCUCCCUGCAUCUGCUCCUGACCUAAUUGUCCCAGUUACCUCAUGAUUGGGCCGGUCCUGAGGGUGAACUGUGAUGAAACCAGGCAGUCUCUUAUGAGCCAUAACUAACAAACUUUCCAUUUUGCCCAAACCAGGAAACUACGGCUGCCAGCUUUGGAAUAAGCUGGGAUAUUAAGCUAACUUCAAACUGUACUUGGUAAAAACAGGAAAUUCUGGUUGAUCAGUGUUUUCGUGAUUUGACUGUUCCCACUAAUAGCAGUAAAAAUAGGAAGCCCUGUUGCAUUUGAAGGGGUUGUUUGGACAGAGUCUCUGAUCAGCAUGCCUAGCAGGACAGGCUUAAAAAGGUAAAGGACCCCUGACCAUUAGGUCCAGUCGUGACCGACUCUGGGGUUGCAGCGCUCAUCUCACUUUACUGGCGAGGGAGCCAGCGUACACCUUCCGGCCACAUGACUAAGCCACUUCUUGCGAAGGAGAGCAGCGCACGGAAACGCCGUUUACCUUCCUACCGGAGCGGUACCUAUUUAUCUGCUUGCACUUUGACGUGCUUUCGAACUGCUAGGUUGGCAGGAGCAGGGACCGAGCAACGGGAGGUGACCCCGUUGUGGGGAAUCGAAGCACCGACCUUCUGAUCGGCAAGUCCUAGGCUCUAUGGUUUAACCCACAGCACCACCGGCGUCCCGGGACAUCCUGUCCCAGGACAGGAAACAAUUAUUAUUAUUAUUGUUAUUAUUAUUGUUAUUAUUAUUACUUGCAUCCUGCCUAUCUUACUGGGUUGCCUCUGCCCAUCUGGGUAGCUUCCAACAAAAUAAAAACCAUCAAAAAUUUCCUUGUAAAAGGCUGCCUUCGGAAGUCUUCCAUUUUGUAGAAAUGGCCUUCAGUUUUAAAGAAUUGCCCUCUUUAAGGGAUCACUUGGUGUAAACAACUCUUGAGAUCUACUCUCAGGAAGGGAGGUGGGACAGGCAGGUGAAAGGAAUUGCCAAAACUGUUUGAAAAUGGGUGGGGGCUCUUGGGAAGUGGGUGCCCAAUUGGGGCUUCUUCAGGGGCAGCAGAAUGUCUUGGGCAGGAGAAUCCCGGCAGGGGCUCUCAGACUCCCUUGCCUUCUUCUUCCCUCCCUCCCAGGAAGCUGCAACUUGCUCUGGAUUCUGCGCUCCUCAGGAAGCUGAACCUGCAAACCUAGCUGUGACUGAACCUGCAACCCUGGCCAGGAUGGAAGGAGGAAGAUGGACGGGUGACCUGGUCAGGCCCUCUCCCGCAUCCCUCCCCACAACCUCUGAGCAUUCCCUCCCAGGACCCUUGGAGAAAUCUGGUGAGUUCCAGGGGAGAGGAGAUGGGGACAGGGAUAGAUGGAAGGUGGAGGGAGAAAGAGGAAAAGAUGGAGAGGAGACAAAUGGAAGGAAGUUCCUGACAGAAAGAAGGAAGGGGUGAGGCCUUCUCCAAAGCAGCUCUUUGUUUCUUGAAUCCUUUUCCUAAAGUAGUGGGGGCAGAUUUUCUUCCUCCAGGCUUUGAAAUCUUAGAUGUUAUUUCCACGGCGGGAAUAAUUGAUGAUAAUGAUGUUGAACACCAAUCCUGAAAAAUGGGUGAAGGGGAAUGGAAAUGCUUCCCAUAACUAUUUAUAAUUAAUGUAUUUAAAUUGUUUCUAUUACUCUUAUUUUUUAUAGACAGCGUAAGAAUGAUACAUUCUACCAGCAUUAAAACACAAUAGAUGCAUGCACCUCCCCAGUUUGGUGGGCUUAAGGGACAAAGGACCCAUUAUCAUGAUACACAAUUCCUGUUGGCUGGAGGCUCUACACUUAGGAUUCGGUAUAUUAAGUCCAAGAGUGUCUGGAAUAAACUUGCCAAUCUUACAGACUGGGGUUGUUUGUGAGAGUGAGUGAGCGGGAUAAUAAUUUAUAGUGCCCCUGUGUAAUGGCUUGGUUCUCCCGCACCGACGCGAGAAAACUCCAGUAGUAAUUAUCUCAGGUUUAUUGCUCAAACUUAUAAAUCACUGUGGAGCUCAGUCUUCGGCCUGUUCAUCCCAGCUUGCAGUUACCGAGUACUCCAGCAAAGAAGCCCCCGCUUUUGCUUUCUUUCCCCCUCUUCUCGCAGAUUCUCACGAGCCUACGAUUUUUGGGACAGGCUAUUUCUGGGGUCUCUGUGUUAGAGCUCAAACUGGAGCUAACGGUCUGUGCCCCCACCCCCCCGGCACUCCCUCUUCCUGCUCUUUCUUCUUUCCUCCUGCUGCAGCUUGGCUGCUCCUCUCCUGCUUCACAUUCCAACUGAAUCACAUCUCUUGCGUUCUCAGGCUCUGUCAGCGGAGGCACGAGAGGCUUGAGAUUCACAGAGCUGACACCCUGUAAUUUUGUCCGUUCCUAAGCUUCCAUGGAGACACUGUGGUACAACCUUGGUGCAAAUUUCAAAAUAAGUACACAAAGUCAACAAAGAGACUCAGAGGUGGCACCAGCUUUCCUGGUCAAGAGUCCACUUUGUCAGACUGCAGCCCACAAAAGCUUAGGCCAUAAUACAUUUAUCAGCUUUUAAGGGCUGCAAAGAUGAAAAAACAGAGGCAUAGUUCAUCUAUGGAAUCCAUCCUACAGGAGACAGUGACGGCCAGCAACAUGGAUAGCUUGUAAGACUGAUGUCUCUGCUCUGCCCUAGUGGUCUAGGCAAUAAUGCUUCUUGAUACUAGUUUCUGGAAAGCACACGAAGGCAGAGAAGACUCUUGUGCUCCAAUCCUGCUUGACGGUUUCCCACAGGCAUCUGGUUGGCCUCUGUGAGAAGAGGAUGCUGGACUAGGUGGGCCUUUGCCUGAUCUAGAAGGCUCUUCUUAGGUUCCAAUGUAUUGCAAUGUUUUUACAGUUACAUGUAGCCCUUAAGUUUUAUUUAUUUCACAAGGGAGAUACUGUUACUUGAGCCUGAGAUCAUUUCUUCACUUCAGAAAGACAAAAUAGAUGUGUCUAAUAAGCCAAUUCCACCAUAGAUCUGUAUUAUAAAAUGAUGCUGAUGUAUUAAGUUUGAAUGGAGUGGUCACGUGUUGCUCUUGCCACUAUCUCAUCAGCUUUCGGAAAAUUUGGAACCUAGAGAGGAUAGUGGAGAAUGAAGGUGUUACAAUGAGAGAAGGUGCAGAUUGGGAUUGACAUGUGUUCAGUUCCCUUUUUGUCUUUAUUGAAAGUCUAACAGGAUUCUCUUUCCUCCCAGACUCCCAAACAGGUGAGGAAGAUGAAGGUCAGAAUUCUAUGGAGCCACAUGUGAAUUUAUGGGGGAAAACAAAGAAAUUGAGGAUACAACAAGAAACUCACAAAGGAGAAAAACGAUUUGAAUGUUUUGAAUGUGGAAAGAGCUUCAGUGAAAGUCAAACACUUAGAAUACACCAACGAACUCACACAGGGGAGAAACCAUUUAGAUGUAUUGAAUGUGGAAAGAGCUUCAGUACAAGUGGGAAACUUAGAGUACACCAACGAACUCACACAGGGGAGAAACCAUUUAGAUGUAUUGAAUGUGGAAAGAGCUUCAGUCGAAAUGAUACACUUAGAAUACACCAACGAACUCAUACAAGGGAAAAACCAUUUAAAUGUAUUGAAUGUGGAAAGAGCUUCAGUACAAGUGGGAAACUUAGAAUACACCAACGAACUCACACAGGGGAGAAACUAUUUCAAUGUAUGGAAUGUGGAAAGAGCUUCAGUGAUAGGGGAUCACUUAGAAUACACCAACGAACUCACACAGGGGAGAAACCAUUUAAAUGUACUGUAUGUGGAAAGAGCUUCAGUGAUAGUGGAUCACUUCGAAUACACCAACGAACUCACACAGGGGAGAAACCAUUUAAAUGUAUUGAAUGUGGAAAGAGCUUCAGUGAUAGUGGAUCACUUAGAAUACACCAACGAACUCACACAGGGGAGAAGCCAUUUAAAUGUAUUGAAUGUGGAAAGAGCUUCAGUACAAGUGGGAAACUUAGAAGACACCAACAAAGUCACACGGAGGAGAAACCAUUUCAAUGUAUGGAAUGUGAAAAGAGCUUCAGUGAUAGGGGAUCACUUAGAAUACACCAACGAACUCAUACAGGGGAGAAACCAUUUAAAUGUAUUGAAUGUGGAAAGAACUUCAGUGAAAGUAGAGCACUUAGAAGACAUCAACGAACUCACACAGGGGGGAAAUCACAGAUAUUUUAA